AUGAACGACACAGAGCCCGAGUCGCAUCUACAGCCGGCGGUGAUAGCCGUGAUCGCCGUCUACGUGCAGUUGGCUGUAUUCGGGCUGUGCGGAAAUUUAUGGGUGAUGUGGACCGUGCUCUCACAGUUGUUGGGAUGUGCGACAGGAGGCCGACCCCACAAGCCAACGAUCCAGUCGUCAGCCUUCAUCUACUUGUUACUACUCUCAGUCGUGGACUUGGUCUCAUUUUUACCGAUUCCAUUGCUCGUCUCGGACCUGGUGAUGCUCAGGUGGCCCUUCAGCCUGGGUAUAUGCAAGUUUUUCUACAUUUGCGAGGGGGUGAACAAGACGCUAUCACCGAUGGUGCUCACCGCGUUGUCGAUUGACCGCUAUAUUGCGGUUUGCAAGCCAACCCUAGUCUGGAUGCGCCAGACGCAAUUUGCCCUGUUCGUCGUGCUGGUGUGCGUCUUGCUGUCGAUGACGUUCAUCGUUCCCAUCGGGGUUCAUGCUAAGAUCGAGACGAUGCCGUUGACACCAGUGGUGUUAGUCGAUAAGUGCACACUCCGGAUACGCGGGUAUUUUGACUUGGCGCAGGCGAUGGCCUGUUUCGUGCUCCCGCUGAUGCUCAUCUGCUCCGUCUACACGGCCAUUUUAAACAAGGUGAGAUCUUUCAAAGUUGUU